GUUCAAAUUGAUUUGACUGGAGUCCGUUAUUUUACUGUGUGAUAUAAUUUAUCAAGUGAUUAUAUGUGAUGAAUCCGUACUCUGCGCCAGAAAUCAGACAGCCGUCUAUGGAUAAGUUUCGAUAUAGUGUACUACUUGCCCCGUUCCAGCCAGCAACAAGAAUUGAAUUGGAAGCAAAGAUAAACACCAAUGUAGAAUGCUAUUUAGAUGUGAAAAACACUAGCGACAAGACAUUAAACAUAUCUGUAACAAAGCUACCAUCUGUAAAACGUCGGAUUGAUCUAAGCUUGUCUGAAUUAGAAAUUCAAGGACAUAGCAAUGGUACAUUAUGUAUCAAAUGGUCACCUAGGGAGGCAGGACGCUGGCGAGAUGUGUUGCAACUUACUGAUAGUAGGCGAAUUAAAUAUGAUAUUGUUAUAGCAACAACAGCUAAGGAUGAUAAAAAAAGCAACAAAACAAAAAGGCCAAAAUCAAGUGUAUUAUCAAAUAUGUCAAGUCUUUCUACAUUAACAAUAAGCAAACAAUCUCAUCGAAAUAACAUAUUGGAAGUUCCAUCUAUUAGUCAGUCCCUAUCUUCCUCUUUGACCAACAAUCUUGAUACACAAAUAAAACAAUACAAGCUUGAAAACAAUUUAGAUAAAGAGAAUAUUUUGAAUAAAAAUAAUGGAACAAAGAGUUAUGCAUCGCAAACAAAAGAUUAUAAAGUUGAUGAGAUGCAUUAUAACAGACAUGAUAAAUCAGAAAAUAUCUUGUUCGAGCAAAAUAUAAAUGUGUGGAGUGACAGUAGUAUUCUGCCGCAAGUUUUGCUUCCAUUAAAUGCACAAGAUAUACGUAGAGCAACAUACAUUAAAGAAAGGAAACCUUGCAACAGUAUAUUGAACGAGCAUCAUAAAGAAGUUCAUGAAAAUAUGAAGUGUAAUAAAAACAAGAUGCAAUCCGAUUUUUCCAUACUUCUGAAUAAAUUUACAUUCACAUCUACAGAUGUAAUUUCGAGUUCACCAACAAGAAGAGAAUCUACAGAAUCCAUAACUUCUCAUAUCAUAGAUAAGCAUAAGACAUUCAAUAUCAGUCAUCAAUUCUUUGAUACAUCUAUGAUUUAUGAUGCAAAGACUAUUGCCAAUACAGUACCUGUAUUACAACCAACAAGUCUGUAUAACUUGUCACCAAUUAAAUCUGAUAAAUGCUCUCUCAUGACUGGUAUCAAGGAUUUAAUUUCAUCGUCGCCGAUUCAAUUUCAACAUUACAUACCAACAGAUUCUAACGAAUACAUAAACCAUUUUAUGGUAGACAAAAAUCCAAAUAUUCAAACAACUAAUUGCGAAUACUUCAGUUUUGAGGUCAUUUCUAGGAAUGACACAGCAGCAAAGAAGACCGGAGAUGUGUAUAUCGAAAUUUCUCCACCAAAGAAGCAUUUCUGCUCUAAGAUGGUACCAAAGGUGAACAGUGCAAGAAUCGGCAGAAUUAUGAAAAAUAAUACUUUAUGUGAUGGUAGGAACAGAAAAAAGUUACAAGUGAACAUUGCUGCAAAAAAUGAUGUGAAGAAUAUACCAGCAAUCAAAAUAAACAAAUUUUCCCUCAGUACUUUGCGUAAUACAAAGUGGUAUACUGGAAGUGGUACUUCGUCGUCUAGAGAUUCGAGUUUCAGAAUACGAAAUGAAGAAGAGUACUUUAUAUACGAAACAUGUGGAUUAGAUCCUUUUGCACCAUCUACAAUAGAGGAUCCAUUUCUUAAAAAUACAGUAUACUUUAACGAGCCGUGGCUGCUGCAGCAAGAAUUGGCGUUUACAAAGUGGUUGAAUGCUCUACUAUCUUCGCCAGAGGACUUAUCUGUUGACAUUGAAACUGCCAUAGUAGACAUCGGCAAAGUAUGGCAAACAUACAAAGCACAAAAAGAUACUGUAUUGGCUGAAACCAAAGAGGCUGUAUCCGCUAGAUAUCACACGAAUACACGAUUAAAUACGUUACGAAAAGCCGCGAAUGUUAUGUUCAAACGGGAUGAAGUCACACAAGUUCUUUCACGUACCAAUAUGUAUAUUACUAAAGGAACUUUGUGUAUUAGAUCAGAUCGUAAUCUUCAUCGUGAUAUUGGUUUGCAGAAACUGAUAUUGAGCUUAUUCCUGAGUUAUAAUCCUCUGUGGCUACGUAUCGGUUUAGAAACUGUAUACAAGGAAAAUAUUUCAUUACGCUCGAACAAUGACAUUGUUGGUCUGACUCGCUUCUUAUUAACAAGAUUCUUUUCGAACCCACGAUUGACGAAAAUGCCCGGAUAUCAUAAAAUUGACUCAAGCCAAAAGUUUGUUACACUGCUGAAUCAGUUUAGUUUGAGAAAAUUCCUAUUUUUAAUAUAUUUUCUGGACUAUGCCAAGCAACAUAAGUUAAUCGGCCACGAUCCAUGUCUAUUUCAUAAACGCGCGCAGUACAAGGAAAGUCGUGAAAUUUUGCUAAGCUUCUCACGCGAGCUUCUGAGUGGUAUCGGCGAUGUGACUAGAAUGCUACGUGGUCAUAAUUAUGUGCUUACUUAUCGACAAACCUACAUCGAGGAAUAUGAUUAUGCGGUAGUGAAUAUACGACACGAUUUACGUGAUGGUGUGCGACUUUGUCGCGUAAUGGAGCUAAUUACCGGUACUCAGGGAUUGACCCAACGUUGUCGGGUACCAGCAAUAUCGCGUCUCCAGAAGAUACACAACGUAGAUAUGGCAUUAAAUGCUUUGUGUCAGGUUGGCUAUAUCCUGGAGGGCAAUAUAGACGCGAAAAGCAUUGUCGAUGGCCAUUGCGAGAAGACUCUGUCGCUUCUGUGGCAAAUCAUUCACAAGUAUCAGGCGCCGCGAUUUGAUCGAGCGGUUCGUGUGAUCCAGAAGUGGUGGCGGGCGCAACUCUGGUACAUUUAUGUGAGAAACUUCCUACGCGCACGUAAAAAUCUGGCUGCAACAGUAAUCCAACGUAUGUGGAGGUGCAAACAGACACAGUCAUUGCACGUGAUCGAAACUGACGGUAAUCUUGAGGAACGCAAACGGUACUUAUGCAUCAGAGCAGCCACGAUACAAAUUCAGAGAUGGUGGAAACAGGUGAGAAAAAGUACGAAGAUGCAAGAGCUAAGAAAGAGACAUAAAGCGGUGAUUGUGUUGCAAAGAAGAUGGAAAGCUACAUUGUUAAUGCAGAUGCAACAAAGUCUGUAUUACAAUCUAAAGAAUGCUGCAUUAACGAUUCAAAUCCAUUGGAGAGCAACGCGAGUAAUGAAAUUGCAACGUUCUAAAUAUCUUAUGCUAAGAGAUGCUACCAAGAUAGUGCAAUCCUGGUGGAGGUCUGUGAAAGCCAUGCAGAAACAUCGUGAAUGGUUUCUUUGCAGCAGAGAGAGCUCUUGUAUCAUUCAAACUUGGUGGAGGCAACAUUUGUUGGUGCGAAAAGCACGCAAUGAUUUUCUGCACAAGAGAGCUGCCGUGCAUAACAUUGAGAGAUGGUGGCUGAGUAUGCUCAACAGAAAGAAGUUCUUUCUCUAUCGAAAGAAUAUCAUUCUCAUUCAGAGAACGUGGAAUAAAUAUCAAAUGCGCAAACGAGAAGUCGCCUGUUUGAAAAUACAAACGUGGUGGAGAGCCGCAAUGUAUUCACAUAGGUAUAAACUUCAGAAAUAUUCUUGCCUGAAAUUGCAACGUUGGUGGCGUAGACUCGUGCUUAUGAGACAUCAACACUUGGAAUUCCUGCAGCUGCAGAAAGUAGCAUAUAUUAUACAGAAGAAUUGGCGGGCGAAAACAAUUAGGAGAGAUUAUUUGAAGCAGCAACAAGCAGCUUUGCUGAUACAAUCAUGGUAUCGCCGUGCCAAUUCAGCGAGGGCCAUCCGACGACAUUACUUAAAAAUGAGAGGUGCUGCAACACGAAUACAAAACUGGUGGCGCAACAUUACGGAAGCUUAUCAAGAACGGAGAAGGUACUUACAGCUUUGCAAGAGCGCUGUUUUUUUACAGAUUUACUGGUAUCGACGUGUCUUAGCUCACGUGGAUCAACAGCGAUAUUUAACGAAGAGGAAAGCAUGCGUUAUUAUUCAAUCUUGGUGGCGAAUGAUCAAAACGAGGAGCGAGUAUAAACGGUUCAUGGUCCACGUAUUAGAGAUACAAAGAAGAUGGCGUGCAAAGAAAGCCGCUCGCAUCAUGAGGAGAGAGUAUUUGUUAACUCGCGCGGUUAUUGUCGUGCAAGCACGCUGGAGAGUUCUGACAGCAAGGAAACGAUUCGUCGCAUUGCGUCAAGCUACAAUAGUCAUUCAAUCGUGCUACAGAAUGAAAGUUGCAAUACGGAGAUACGAAGCUAGUAAGUAUGCUGCGAUGGUCAUCCAAGCCUACUGGCGAGCUUACAUCGUUGGUAGAGAAGAGAGAUUGCGUUAUCUGUCUUUACGCCAAGCAACAAUCAUGUUGCAGCGUCGUUAUAAGAGAAAGAAAACAGAACGUGAAAUGCAAUGCCAUGUAAAUGAUAUUGCUUUACUUGCUACAAAAAUUCAAGAUGAAUGUGGAGGAACUAUCCAGGUGAUUACCACGAAACUCACGAGCAGCGACUAUUGGCAAAAGAAGAUCAAUGUAUUGCGCAGCUGCAACAGCGUUGGGAUGCUGCUCACUUGUUUGUAUAGCUUAGAUACUAUAACGAUACUGUCUCCAACCAUUUGUAUCAUUCUCUGUGAGCUGAACUUAGCCGACGACAUUUACAAUACAAUAGUGCAAAACAACAGAUCGCUACCGUGGAUGAAAAUCUGUCUGCGAGCAUGCAGCAUUUUAAUUACUUUGUCGAAGUAUUCCUAUACGAGAAAAUAUGUCCUUAAGAAAGAAUAUGCAUUGGCAUUGGUAAAUCUUCUAAACAAAUCACUGAAAGAUAAGGAAGUAUUUCUGCAUUGUGCUACUUUAAUAUGGUUGCUUAGUCAGAAUGAAGAUUACGCAAAGGCUAUAACAAUGUGUCCACAAAUAAAUUAUCUAAUGAAAAAUAUUCAACAAAAAGUUUUGAAGGAUGUCGUAGUGCUAAAAUUCCAAAAAUUUAAGGACCCAGAGAAAUUAUAUCCCAAUUGUGAACCUGAUCGAAAUAAUUUAGCAAUGGAGAAACCACGUCUGUUUACCGACAUGAGUAUUGCCGUUACAGCUAUUGUUAAAAGAAUUUGCACAUAAUAUAUCAAAGUUGAUAAAUUAUAUAUAUAUUUGUUACAUUAAAAAAAUUCUGUUUGCAUAGUAUCGGUCUGAAUGUUGAUCAAUGUAGUAGAUUUAAAUCGUAAAAAUGUAAGCGUUAAGGCUACAAAUCUGAACUUUUUAAAAAGAUAAUUAAAAAAUGCGAGGACUAGAAAUAAAUGUUUCGAAAAGUACUUAUACAUAUUUGUAACAAUUUUAAAAUAUGACAGUAAGAUAUUUUUUAAAUAUGAUAAAACUACAAAUGAAGAAGCUGACAAUAUCAAAUAAAAUCACAAAAAUCAAGAGACAAUUAA